CCGUCUGAACGACAUGCUGCGCGACCAGACGAUCCGCACGAAGAACGUGCGGCACCUCGUCCUCGACGAGGCGGAUCGCAUGCUCGAUAUGGGGUUCGAGCCGCAGCUGCGGGAGAUCGUCGACCAUUUGCCCGCAGACGGCGGCCGGCAGACCUUCAUGUUUUCGGCGACGUGGCCUUCGGAGGUGCGCAAGCUGGCGAUGGACUUUCUGGACGACCCGGUCCGGAUCAACGUUGGCGGGGAGGACGAGCUUGUCGCCGCUAAGUCGAUUGUGCAGCAGGUGCGGCUCUGCGACGCGCGCGGCGCCAAGCUGAUCGACUCUUCCGACCUGAUCGAGAAGAUGGAGGCGGCGAUGAAGGAGGAGGGCCACGGCAACGCGCGCUCCUCGCGCGCCUGCCACACCAUCGUCUUUGUCAACCGGAAGCGAGACGCGGAGAUGGUGGCCGAGUACAUCGAGCGCAACGUCGAGGGCGUGCGCGCCGAGUCGCUGCACGGCGAUUUGCUGCAGGGCCGGAGGGACCGGGUACGCGACAACGUCAAGAGCGGUCGCGCGCAGGUGCUCGUCGCCACGGACGUCGCGGCGCGCGGCCUGGCGACGCCAUCUCCUUCUUCCACCCGGAUGAGGACGCGGCCGUCGCCGGCAAGCUGGCGAAGGUGCUGCGGGACCAUGGGCAAGAGGUGUCCGAGGAGCUGCACGACCUCGUCAAGGCCAACUCGAGCCGCCGCUUCAGCACCCGCUCGUUCCGCGGCAACGGCGGGCAGCGCAACCGCCGCGGCGGAGGCUACCGCCGCGACGGCGGAGGCAACGGCGGCGCAGCCUACGCCACGC